AAAGGAGAUAAGCUGGAGGCUGUAGAUCGUCACAAUGCCCAACUCAUCUGCCCAGCUACUAUCGGUGAGGUGUCGGGUCAACACGUUCUCGUCUCUUUCGAUGGUUGGUCCGGUAAUUUCGACUACUGGGCACGCUUCGACUCCCGUGAUCUCUUCCCUGUUGGUUGGUGCAAACUGGCCGGCCAUGCCCUCCAAUCUCCCGGUCCUACCGCUGUCCAACGCCUCAAUCUUACUCCCAUCAAGAUGCCCACUGCUCCUCUAACGCCAAUCGUUCCUUCCUCGUCAGUGGCGGUUUCAGCAUUGCCUCAAUUGACAGCACCAUCUCUUAGAAUGGCAGCGAGAAAAUCAGCUCCCACUCGACGAAAAAGGCAUGAAUUUGAGUCGUUGCCAUUGGUCAAAUCGGCAUUUUUCAAAUUCAAUCUCAGCUUAGUGAGUCAUCGCACAGCAGUGAUCGUUUUCAAUGAACCCGAAGUUCGAGUUGUGAUCGGCUACUCCAGAGAAGCAGCUAAUGCCUUGCUCUUCACAAUCGGACUUUGCUUUGAUGAUGCGGAAUCGGGUGAAGACUAUCAGAACACGUCGCUUAUCGUUUCUUUUGAGUUCAUUGAAAACAACCGAUUCCACUUUGUAAUAAAUUGCUUGCUCGUUUUCCAUAGACUCACACUGACCGGGGUUCGACGAAAGGGAGGCAUACGCCAUUCCGUUCCAAAUCAUCUCUUGACCAAGCCGGAUUAUAAUUGUGGUAGUAUGACUACUUCCCAAUCAAUACAACCUUCAGUGUCCCCAUCCAUCCUAGUUCCACCUCCUCCGUUACCCCGAUUGACAGUUAUUACAACCACCCGGGAGGAUGGCAGUCCUCAGACAAUCAUCAAAACUUCGACAGGUGAUAGCAGCAGGUCUACGCCCACUUAUGCGUCAGAGAUAAAGACAUCUGCAUCGAAUAAUGCUAGUGGAAGUUCGUAUUCAUCUCUUGUCCCGAAACCGUCGGGAGACACUGACGGUGGUGAAAGUGUGGAACGAAGACACAAGAAAUCAAAGAAGCGAAAGAGGCAUGGAUCCAAGGAGAGCCAUUGUAGACACUCUGGAGAUGGAGAAUUCUUUCAUCAGACGCUCAGUUUUCACGAUUCUGUCAAGCCACCUAAGCUGGUGAUUCGGCAUCGUUCUGGCGAUUUCAGCGGCACUCAAACAAGUGAACUCUUUGUGGAUACCAUGGGUUCAUCGCCACCCCUUUCAGCACCCUUUUCCGCUAAGUUCUCCCCUCCGCCACACUCUCUCAGCGACAGUCCUGGAAACCACAAUCCCAACAACAACAACUCCAACCUCAACAAAAACUGCGAUUCACAAUCCAUUUUCCCUUCCACGGAGCAAGCACGAGGUCACACGGCCUCGCAUUCUACUGUGUCCCCCGCAUCGAUGGACCUUGGACCCUGCCCUCUUCCAAACAUCCAAGAGUGGUCCACAGACGACGUUUACAACUAUCUCGUUUCAAAAGACUCCUCACUUGUCGAUGUUGCAAGCCUAUUUAGGCAGCAGGAAAUUGACGGCCCAGCAUUACUUCUUGUUGACAUGGAUACAAUGCGAACAUUGCUAAAUAUGAAGAUUGGGCCAGCGCUCAAGGUAGACGACAUAUUGGGUCGCCUCAAAAGAGGUCAUUUAUGA